GCUGCGGGUGUUGUGGGAUGUUUACUUACUUUCAGUAUUCCUAGUAAACGAACAAGAAAAACUUUGUGGUACAUAAACUGUGACCGACAUUUACACUACUACCGUAAAUACGGUCAGAAGGGAGCUCGUGCAGACGACAAGACUCAGUGACUUUCCGACUUCAUCGGGUGGGCGAGGACUGGAGGCGACGAUGAUCUUGCUGUGUCUUCUGCUCGUCUCGUGGCGGGUGGCGCUGGCGGGUGGCGACAACGCAUGCGAAACGACAUACGGGGGCACAUGUAUCAACUCCGUGUUCAACACCUGUUUGAGCGGGUACACCGCCUACCUGGGUGGCUGUGGCUUCCAAGAAAUGUGCUGCAUCCCUCCUUUUGCUAAAGGCACCCCAGUCCCACCCUUAAGAGCAGGUCAGUGUGGCGUCACAUUUCCUGAACAACUUCCCCCCUCCAGAAGGAUAGUGGGGGGUACGCUGACAGCUCGUGGGGAAUUCCCAUGGCAGGUGUCGCUGCGGUCGUUCACCAACAACGGGCAACACAUGUGUGGUGGGAUUCUGAUCAGUGAGAAGUGGAUUCUGACCGCAGCUCACUGUUUCGACCAAAACAAAAACCCUUUCGCGUGGAACGGAAUUCUGGGCGAGUACGACCGGGGCGUGACGGACGGUCACGAGCAGCUGGUGAAGCUGGACACCCUCGUCAUCCACAGCGGCUUCUCCAAGGACUACGGCAACGACAUCGCCAUGCUGAGGAUGGCCACCAGUGGGGUCAACAUGUACUCGCAGUACGUCCGUCCCGUGUGUCUACCCGACAAGACGGAGAUGUUUCAGGGUGUGACGUGCACCAUCACUGGCUGGGGCGCCUCCCACUCAGGUGGCGCUGGCACUCGCUUCCUGUACAAGGCGCAGGUGCCGGUGAUCUCCAGCGAGGUGUGCUCCUACCUCAUGGACCGCACCAUCCUCCCUGGCGAGGUCUGCGCUGGACAGAAGAUGGGCGGAGUGGACUCUUGCCAGGGCGACUCCGGUGGCCCGAUGGUCUAUUUCAAGGAUGGGGUGUGGAAAGUAGCGGGCAUCGUAUCAUGGGGGUACGGGUGCGCCGCUAGCUACACCCCGGGUAUCUACACCAACGUGGCCUACUACAGGGACUGGAUCGACACGGUGAUGACCUACUACACCGGCGACAGUCGCAAACGCGCCGACACGACGGGUGUGCUGUACAUCUGAGUCCUCCCUUCACCCACUGACAACACACACCCAUACAAGUUCACAUGGUGCUUGGACAGACUGACAAACACACUCACACAUGUACGUAUGGGUGCUUGGACAGACUGACAAACACACACACACACAUGCACGCAUAGGUGCUUGGACAGACUGACAAACACACACACACACACACACAUGCACGCAUGGGUGCUUGGACAGACUGACAAACACACUCAUGUUCAACGGCUCACGCCCGGCAUAGACGUGCACACUGACGCCCGCAGACCGUCUCGCGCCGUUGGGUUCACUCUGGAGUCGACAGGUGCAACGAUCGUGUCUGGUGUCUGGAGAUGUGUUGUGUGUAGUCUCCAUGUCAUGUCAUGUCAUGUCAUGUCAUGUCAUGUCAUGUCAUGUCAUGUCAGUAAAGUGGCCGGCAGUUGACCGA